AUGACCUCCUUCUCCACCCGCAGCAGCUACAUGUCCUCCUCCUCCAUGAGGAGUUCCGCCAUGAUGGGCUCCUCCAUCUCCUCCUCCCCUUGCCGGCUCAGCGCCGUGGGGUCCGGCAGCGUGUAUGGAGGGGCCGGAGGAUCCGGGGUCCGGGUCUCCAAGGCCUCCUUCUCCUCCCUCGCCAGCACCGCCUCCAACGUGGCGGAGAAUUUCGACAUUGCGCUGAAUGAGAAGGCCACCAUGCAGAACCUGAACGACCGGCUCGCCUCCUACCUGGACAAGGUGCGCUCCCUGGAGAAAGCCAAUGGCGAGCUGGAGCUGAAGAUCAGGCAGUUCCUGGAGAACAAGGCCCUGCCGGAGAGCCACGACUGGACCGGCUUCAACAUCCGCAUCAGAGAGCUGCAGGAGAAGAUCAACAUCGCCUCCCGAGGAAACGCCGCCCUCAUCCUCUCCAUCGACAACGCCAAACUGGCCACCGACGACUUCAAAGUCAAGUACGACAACGAGCUGGUGAUACGUCAGUCGGUGGAGGCCGACAUCGGCGGUCUGAGGAGGGUCCUGGACCAGCUGAGCCUGAGCCGCAGCGACCUGGAGAUGCAGGUGCAGAGCUUCAAGGACGAGCUGAUCCAGCUGAAGAGGAACCACGAGGAGGAUCUGCUGGCUCUGCGGGCUCAGAUGGGAGGCCAGGUGAACGUGGAGGUGGACGCCGCUCCUCAGGAGGACCUGUCCGCCGUCAUGGCCGGAAUCAGAGACCACUACGAGAACGUCGCCUCCAAGAACCGCAGAGACCUGGAGACCUGGUUCCAGUCCAAGACAGUCGAGCUGAGCAAAGAGGUGGCCAUGAGCACCGAGACUCUGCAGUCGUCCAAGUCCGAGGUCGGAGAGAUCCGACGAACUCUUCAGACUCUGGAGAUCAAACUCCAGGCUCAGAUCAGCAAGAGAGGAGCUCUGGAGGGGGCUCUGACUGAGACCAAGAGCCGGUACGCCGCCAUGCUGGGGGGUUUCCAGAGGCAGGUGGGUUGUCUGGAGGAGCAGCUGGCCCAGCUCCGGGCCGACCUGGAGGGUCAGGGCGUCCUGUACGCCGAGCUGCUGGAUAUCAAGACGCGACUGGAGCUGGAGAUCGCCGAGUACAGGAGGCUGCUGGACGGAGAGACGGAGAGACCCAGCAUCACCACCACUAAGACCACCCGGGUGGUGACCAUCGUGCAGGAAGUGGACGCUGAUGGAAACGUGGUGAUGACCAGCACCAAUUAG